AUGGGUGGUCAUUUCUGCCUCCUUGUUUCUUUUUGCUUGGUCGCCAUUCUUUUCACCCAUGCACCACUAGCGGCUACUCGUCAACUUAAAUCUAAGUCAGAUGAUUUCACAAAAGAAUCUUUAGAGUAUAUUCCACUUGACUAUCAUGAUAUAGCUCCAACUCCCGCCACCCCCGUUACACCAGCACCGCCAUGCAUAGGUUGUCGUUCCUCUACGGAUCAGGAAAAGCCAGCUACUGCACAACAUUCACAAGUCAGUGAAGAUAUGUCGCCAUCACAUGAAAAGGAGAAAAAUAAGGCGACACAAAAACAUGUGUCAUUUUAA